GAUGCUGCUCAAUAUAGAAAAGCAACCUGCCUGUUCGCCAAGGUAACGCUUUAAAGCAAUUUAAGAAAUGUCGCGAAAUAGUGCAUUUGUUAUUCAAGAUGGAAUGUGUAUUGCCAGCCGAAUGACAAAAUGUGCGGACGCCGAUGCUUCUCCGCGCUCCGAUGGCUUUAUCUUCGGUCCAAAAUGCCACUUGCUUAACUGACAUACGAGGAUAGAGACAUAAAUAGUCAUUGAAAAAGGAAAAUCAAGCGAAACUACAAAUAUGCACGGUGUGUUGCUUAAAAAGCCAAGGCUGGACUGUGUGUACGCAGUGCUGCUGUGGCUCCAUCACGCUGUGUGGAUGUGUUGUUCAGCGGCCGAAGACCAUCGUUUCAGCGUUGAGGUGUGGUUACAGAGGUAUGGCUACCUCCACCAGACACAACCUAACAUGGCCUUCCUGCGAUCAGCCCAAACCAUGCAUUCUGCUAUUGCUGCCAUGCAGCACAAGUAUGGACUAAACAUCACAGGGACUCUAGACAAGGCGACUAUAGACUGGAUGAAGAAACCCAGAUGUGGAGUACCAGACCUGCCUGACGGCAUAUCUGGAUCCCGAAGGAAGAAGCGCUAUGCACUAACUGGACAGAAGUGGCAGCGUGCACACAUCACAUACAGUAUUAAAAAUGUCACUCCGAAAGUGGGAGCACGAGAAACGCAUGAGGCCAUUCGCCGGGCGUUCGACGUAUGGCAAGGUGUCACACCGCUACGUUUUGAGGCCGUGCCCUACAGCGCUCUGGAGAGCGGCAAACGGGACGUCGAUAUCACCAUCAUCUUUGCCUCUGGUUUCCACGGUGAUAGCUCUCCUUUUGAUGGAGAGGGAGGCUUCCUGGCACACGCUUAUUUCCCAGGGCCAGGCAUAGGGGGCGACACACACUUUGACUCAGAUGAACCCUGGACGCUGGGCAACCCAAACCAUGAUGGUGAGAGAACGGCAGGUAAUGACUUGUUCCUUGUGGCGGUCCAUGAGCUUGGUCAUGCUUUGGGACUUGAGCAUUCUAAUGACCCUACGGCUAUAAUGGCUCCGUUCUAUCAGUAUAUGGACACUGAGAGCUUCAAACUGCCUCAUGAUGAUCUACAGGGCAUCCAGAAAAUAUACGGUCCACCAGACAGAAGUCCUCAGCCUACAAGAUUGCUCACAACCGCUACGCCUCCUCGCUUGCACCUACCAACUGACCCUCGAAAGCAUGAGCGGCAGGGUCGCCCUCAUCGCCCUCCACAGAGGUCGAAACCAGCCCAUCCAAACUCCAAACCCAACAUCUGUGACGGAGGUUUCAACACUUUGGCAAUCCUUCGACAGGAGUUGUUCAUCUUCAAGGAUCAGUGGUUCUGGAGAGUGCGAGAUAAUUCAGUGGUGCCUGGAUACCCGAUGCAAAUCAGCUACUUCUGGAGAGGUCUGCCUCCCAAGAUCGAUGCUGUCUACGAAAACAGCGAGGGGAAGUUUGUCUUCUUCAAAGGUAACCGGUUCUGGGUGUUUAAGGAUACAACCCUGCAGCCCACAUAUCCUCAGGACAUUUCUCUUUUUGGCAAUGGAAUGCCCACGCAGAGCAUUGAAACAGCUGUUUGGUGGGAAGAUGUGGCCAAAACCUACUUCUUCAAAGGGGACAGAUACUGGAGGUACAAUGAGGAUAUGAGAACCAUGGACCCUGGAUAUCCAAAACCUAUUACUGUGUGGAAAGGCAUCCCAGACUCUCCACAGGGAGCUUUUGUGGACAAAGAAAAUGGAUUUACAUACUUCUACAAGGGGAAGGAGUAUUGGAAGUUCAACAACCAGCGGCUGAGAGUGGAGCCAGGGUACCCAAGGUCUAUCCUGCGUGAUUUUAUGGGCUGCGAUGGCUUACCCACCGACCCUGACUGGGAUUGGAUCCCUCCACAGGAAGAGGAACCUCCACAAUAUGACACUGAUGACGUUGACAUCGUACUCAAGCUAGAGAGCAGCGGUGGAGCAGAGAAAGCGGUGGCUAUCGCCAUCCCCUGUGUCCUGGCUCUGUGCAUGAUGGUGUUGCUUUACACCGUGUUCCGCUUCAAGAGGAAGGAUACACAGCGGCACAUACUGUACUGCAAGCGAUCCAUGCAGGAGUGGGUCUGAGAUUUAAAGCUCCCACUCUUUCUGCUAAAACUAUUUCCAUCUUUAAAAUCCUGUCGAAGGUCAAAAAAUGUGCUUAUCUUGAGACACUGACUUUGUGUCAGUAUUUGUGGGCAGACACGAAGAACGACAUAAAUGAACAGCAUGCCAACUUCCUGUUCCCACUGUCAGCUUUUCGAAGAUGGCAAUGUGUUGUUUUUGUAUGGUUUUGGAACUCUGUGUGGCUUUGGGCGGCCAUUUUGGUUCCUAGAGUCAUAUGCGGGAGUAAACUGUUACUCUACAAACCAUAAUUAUCAACUUUUCAAUUGAUUUGAGAAUUAUUUAUCAUUGGACUGCUGAUCUAGAUACUCUAUAAGGUUUGAACUCAUCUGUGUCACUCCGAAAUACUUGCUUGUGUUGAAAAACUGUAACCCAAACCAAAUAUGCCCUUAGUGUCCAAAGAGGAUUGCUUCAUUCUCAUGGGAUAUUGUGAGAUGACUGGCUUAUCGAUCAUUAUUGAGUUACAUUUGGCUGCAUUCAUCUGCAGAUUAUAUGGGAUCUGUCUGCUUGGAUAUCAAAGGGACCUUGACAUAUAACAUUGGGGCUACAUGCAAUAUUUCGUUGAAUGCCUUAAUCACAUAUUGAGUUUAUUUUUCUGUGUGUUAUUGUACAUAUACCUUUGUGAAUGUGACCCCUUUCCAUUUCCUCAUUUGCUUAUCAUGUUGUUUUUUAUUUUGUUAUUUUGCACAAUACUGACUGACAGAAACAUGCAGUAAGAUUUAAAGUGCCAAUUACUGUUUAAAAGUUUAAUUUAAAAUGUUUGUAUGGCUGCUGUCCACAUUCUGUACUGUUGCAUUUUAUAAAGACUCCAAAGCUGCAGCAUAGAAAAUGUGACUUUUGGUUAAUCGCUUCCAAUCAAAUCAUUUGAUGCCUAAUGAAACUUCAGUAAGAAUCAAUAAAUUAUCAGCCAUAAAAAUAACAUGAAAAUGUUAAAGGUAUAUAAAAAACACUGAUAUUGGAAGUUUGCAAUGAUAUGAAGAUUAGAUUUGCAUUUCCUCAACAAAAUGCUUGUGCUUUCAAGGACGCAAGAGAACUGUGAUGAAGUUUUGGAUAAAUUUAGCUUUUGAGAUUUGGUUUAGCUUAUGAAGCUACAUUAUCAGCACCAUCAUGCAUCUUAUUUUGACAGUGUUGGAGAACCAACCCAAAAUAUAAGAUCGUCUUUGAGGUGUAAAGUCAUUUUUUACAUGAAUAAAAAAUGCAAUAAUUUAGCCGUAAUUAAUUUGACACAAAUCAAAAAGAUGCAGUGGGGCAUAAAACAGUCUCUUCAGUGGGUUGUACCUCACUGUCAAUCAUUCAGCUGUCAAAACAGAGAAAAUGUUCCAAAACAUUUCAAGUGGAAAUAAAACGUACAAAAUUGUAUCACGUAUUGCAUUUCUAUCUUUCACAUCAUUAUUUUAAAAUUUGAAUAUAAAUAGUUUAAAUUAUUUUAUAUCACUGGUGAAUGUGAUUUCACCAAGUACCAAUGUUCCUUGAUCUUGAAAACAAAACAAACAAACAACAACAACAACAUCAACAACAAAACAACAACAUUCCAAUCAACCAAUCAGAAUUGAGUAAUACAUUUCAGGAACUGUCAGUUUUAGGCUUGCAACCAGGGUUAGGUGCAUCAUUUGCCUCUGAUUUUAGGGAAAAAAUAUGGCUAGGGUUAGGUUUAGAGGAAGUGAUGGGAGCAAUAUUGAGCUAUAUUGCAUACUGCGAUCAGAGAAAUAGCUUUCCUGCUUAUUUAUGUUGAAAAUAAUGCUUUCCAUACAAAAAUGUUUGUUAGCAUGGUCAUCACUAAACACAUCAAAUGUUGUCAUCGAGUGUUUUUUGGAAGUGGAGUGAUGUAUAUUGUCAUAUGCCUUGUUUUAUUUUUCAUUUUAUAAACUGAUCUAUGAUGAACUAUGGUGUUUCUCACCUUGCCAUCAGCAUCAGCCUUCCAGUUGCACAAUCAUGAGACGUGCACAUAAAUUUCCAUGCGUGAACUGUUGUUUUCAUUUUUAAUAGGAGAUUAUCUCAAGAAUAUGCCCCAUUAUACCUUUGAGUAUUGGAUCUGUAUCUGAACAUGCUGUAUAUAUAUCUCAUGUAGUGUCUUUAUUACGGAUACGAAAGGCAAAUUAUACAGUACAUCAAUAAUAAGAUAUCAUCAGAUGUGGCGUGUGAAUCAUUCUUGUGAACUCUAAUGGAGAAGUUAACGAAAUGUACCAGGUAACCAUAAGACAUUAACAUGUAAUUUAUCACUGAGAUUCAUGAAAGGUUGUUUGGAAGAUAUAAUAAAACAGUUAUAUAUUUAAUCA